AUGGGUCGAUUUCGUUCGGGCUACCGUCAGCCCUCAUCACUUCUGUAUGUGGGAAGCACUGCUGUCGGUGCAGCCAAGCGGCAUUUGAACCGCAUGGCAGUCUACAGAAGACUUCAAAGAACCGAAUUUGUGGAUGCAGAAUUGUCCCUGAGAUAUUGGGCAUCCCAACACAACCUUUUCCAGUUUGUGCUUGUUCCGCUGGAAUUUUGUGACAGUUACCAGCGAGCUUGGACUGUUGAGCACGAACUCAUUGCUCAAUGGCAGGCACCUUUGAAUUAUCCCAGAGCAAUGUCUCUCAUUAAGAAGACCGCUCUUGGUUUCCGGAUUUCGUCCAAACGCAGAGGGUCAUUGUAUUGUACCUUUGGACUCCGACUCUGGCGCAAACUGCGAAAGCGCAUGUUUGGUCGCAGUUCGAAAUUCUUCAUUCAUGAUUCUCGGGAGUUAGCCUGGGGGCUGCUGUUCAAGUUGGCAUCGAGAACCCGAGCAUCCUUUGAAACAGCGAAGCUGCUCCGAUCCAAUAAGACGGCUGACGAGGAAGUGUAUGCCCUCCUCAAGCUCAGUCGCAAUAUCGAAAACCCUCAUCGCAACAGGGUGCAAGGAAUACUCAAAGGUGUAGUCAAGUUUCGCAAGAAGAUGCACUGGCCACGGACUUCCCGACCUUUGGGAGUCCUGCCAACUGCGUCUCCUUCGUUUUCCAAGGAGUGCGAGAAGUGGUUAAAAGACCUCAUCCUCCGGUACAAGUAUCUUUUUCCAUCUUUUCAUGUUCCAAAGAACAGCCUACGUGAAGUUCCGCACCAGGGUAUCAAGAAAUUUCUCCACAACUUCCGAUCUUGGGAAGAAACGAUGUGGGAGCACGACUUUGAUUUGGAGUCGGUGCACUGUCCGUGUGAGCAGUUUGCAGGAAAACUUCCUGCUCAUUGCUUCGUGUCUGGCCACGUAGCCACAGGUUUGGAGAACCUGACCAAGCUACUACCAGGCUGUUCGAGCAUCUUAUCGGCCAGUGCCGCGAGCACCUUUUUCCCAGGCCGCAAUCACUGGAUGGCCAAGUCCAGAGCUCUGUUUGAUCAGUGGCUCAAAAGACACAAGCUACCAGCCACGUUGCAUCCAAUUUUUCAAUCCUUUUGUGAUCACCAGUGGCAGCAACACGUUGCAGCCUUGGAACAAUCAAACAGACUACACUGGGCUUUGGUACAGAAGGUGAAGUCUGCCUUGCACUCGGAUUUUGUUCUGUACAACGAAGAUCAUCAUCCGAAUCAUGUCGUGUGCUAUUGUCCUCGCUUCUUCCUUCGAGGAGUUAGCACCACAUGGAACGAUCCGUCUGUGUUUCGUACUCUUGAUGGUACCCCUGAAGAAUGGAGACAGCGCAUUUUAAAGCGCGUUCCUCGAGAUCUGUCCAGAAGAUACGCCUGGGCCUUCAAAGAAACAGCUCCGCUGCCCCAGGGCACUGUGUUCCUGAAACGGAAAAAACAGUUUGCCAAGGGACGGACCAUCAUUUCGUAUUCCAAUUCGUUGUGCAGCAAGCUGUUGGAGCUGACUUCCAUUGCGUUAACCUUAAUGGUCAAGACGCUGUUUGCUGACAGCCCAGGCAUGCAGAGCAUGCCACAGCUCUGGAAGUCUCUUCAUGCUUAUUGGGCGAAGCCCAGUCAAGAGGAAGACGUCGAAUGGAACGACGAUCUCGUGGGAUUCUUCAAUGCAGUUCCCCGAAAAGACAUCAUGCACGCAGUGCAUUUGAUUGUCCAGGAAUACUGCAAAACUUCUGGCUGUUCGAUCCUUUCGAUCGAUAUGUUGUCAAAAACGGGACACCCGGGCAAACCUCGGGGGCGAACAAAAUCAAACUUGAAGAGGUGUUGGGUUUCUGAUGUUCCGCUGAUUGUGGAUCUAUCCUUCGCCACGGGAGUUUUUACAGCUGCUGGAAAGUGCAGGCAGCAAGUGGAGGGGACGUGUAUAGGCAAUCAAAUCUCGCCGAUCCUCUCCGGACUUCCUGUACUCCUGGCCGAGCGGCAGUUUUUACAAUCUUUGCCGACAGCCAUCCAAUCGUCUUUCUUGUUUCUCCGUUACGUCGAUAACAGACUGAUUCUGGGACCUCAGAAAAUUCUACUGUCGUCCCAACUCCGGAGAUUCUGCGAUCCCAACUUUUAUGAUGGGAUUCAGUUGGAAACUGUGUCAGACCAUCAAUGGUUGGGUUUUACCAUUUGUGCCAAGACUCGCUCAGCAACUUUUAAUCUCCCGGAGCAACCGUGGCAGAUCCGCUCGCCCAACAGCGCUGGAUCGUGGCAGCUGGCAGCCUCGGGAUACUUUUCUCGAGCAUCUUUGAUUCGCCAGUAUUCCUGGAAGCUAGCAGAGCUCGGUCGGUUUCGGUACACCCACCACCUCGAGCUCCGCUUCCAAUUCAACUCACACCGGGUGAGCCGGCCAGGUCUACUCACCCCAGCCGUGAGCGUCAUGAUCGCAGUCGCUCGAGACGACGACGGCGUCGACACCAUCGGCAUGAACGUCAACCUGAGGGACCUCCCGCGGCCCCAGUUCGACCAGUUCUGCCUCCCCCUCCCUCCCACUCGACCACCAACAAGGUCGGUCAGUGCAGAGCCUGUUGCGGCAGCUCCCUCACCGGAGUUUCACAAGAACACGGCGCCCAAGACACCUCCCAAGAAUUCGGCUCCAAAGAGCCCAGUUCCUCCUGCUCAAUCCGGUUUGAUUUCUGUUGAUGAGGAACAGCUAUUUCAUGCUGCUCAUCGCAGCAGCUAUGAACAACUGCGAGAGCAAAUCACAGCUCGAGCCAAAGGCCGCAAUGCUGUCGAUUUCUAUGAGGAGGGAAUGAGUUCUCUCUUGGCGUAUAUGUUCUUCGUUUUGCAUUAUCAUGAGAACUUUCUCACAACCGAAGGCUUGCAUACGUGGCCUAUUAUCCCACAUUCUCAUAUGCGACGAUUCACUGAUCGCAUCACUUUUACUCGGCAACGUUCAUUGCCAGUCUCAAAAAUCCUCAAAGAGGAUGUUGAGGAUGUGCUGAAAUUUUUGUUGACCCGAUUUGGCCAGGCAGACCGACCUUUUCUGCCUGUGAUUCCUAUUGGCCAACGGGAGAUUGUCACUCUUGCCCGGUCCAUUUUGGCCAGCAAGAUACCAUAUAAGACAAUUUUUCAGCAUGAUGCCAAGGCGUAUGCCAUGCCCCAAGAAGCAUUGCAUGUUUGGGAGUUUCCAGUGGCACAUAUGCCAGGACCUGAAGAGCAGACCAACUGCUAUUAUCUUUGGGGACACGGGACCACGGCCGAAGGCCUGGUCGGCAUCCUCACGUUGGGCAGGGUCAUUCGCUCUAGCGCCGAAGCUGUACAUGUGGCGCCGCACGAUCAUGUGUGCUCCUUUUAUGGCAAAGCCACACAACACGUGUACUAUGAAGAGAGCAAGUUAGACUUCGUGUCAAAACUGCACCACUCCACGAAGAAUUCCGCAGGAGUGGUCGUGGGAGGAUAUCUUGGAUCUGCGCAUCACAAAUCCAAGUCCUCCAGCACUGUACAUGAAGGACAUUUGUGCAAGUUCCACCCGCUUGUACACUCCCCUUCAGGAGAUAAGCGCUGGGCGGUGCGUGAAGCCGCAGGACGCAUUGACAAAAUUUGGAUUUUGUCAAGCACCCAUUCCGUUACGUUGCCGAUGUCCACCCCCAACAAUCCCCGGCCGAUUACUUUUGAAACGGGGGAAGGACAGGAUUGGGGAGUCAGCUGGCCUGGCUUGGAGUACUCUGUACGAAGCACCGAAGCUUUACCGGUCUCCGAUGUACAGAGAGAGGCUUAA